GUAGAGGCGGAGGGUCGCUAGUCGGCCACGCCAGCCGUAGCUCACGCUCGCGACGUACGCGUUAAGAGACAGCGCGCGCCGUCACGCUCCUGCUCGUCGCGACCGCACCGCGCCGCUACUACUCAGCAAGGUCGUGUCCUGUCUGCGUCGAUGUAGGUCACAGGGGGAGAGAUCUUCUCCUCGGCUUCGAUAUGCAAAGUGCACUUCAACGAGUCCAACAAGUUGACUGGGCCGCAGUGAAGCGAGAUGGCCACAACAUAUUUACGAAGCUUAUACGAACGCGGGACCCACGUGAUUCGGAGACGAACCAAGAACUGACUGUACCAGGAAAACAGAGGCUUUCACGAUGCCUGACGACAAUGGACUUAACUUCCCUCGGCGUGGGCUCGUGUGUGGGUACUGGCAUGUACCUGGUGGCUGGCAUGGUGGCCCGCAAGUUUGCGGGGCCAGGAGUCGUCAUCAGUUUCAUCAUCGCUGCUAUGGCUAGUAUCUUCUCUGGUGCUUGUUACGCUGAGUUCGGAGUCCGUGUUCCGAAUACCACCGGAUCGGCGUACAUGUACUCUUAUGUCACCGUUGGAGAAUUUAUAGCCUUUGUUAUUGGAUGGAAUAUGGUGCUUGAGUAUCUGAUUGGAACCAGUGCCUGCGCUCGAGCCCUGAGUGCCUGCUUUGACUCUCUAUGCGAAGGUGCUAUCGCGCGAUAUCUAGCAAGCAAAAUUGGAACAUUAUAUGGAAAACCGCCAGACUUCGUCGCGUUUGGCAUAAGUCUGCUCAUGACUGUGGUAUUAGUGGCUGGCGUGAAGAAAUCAUUGUUCUUUAAUAACGUGUUGAACGCCAUCAACCUCAGCGUCUGGGUGUUCAUCAUGACCGCUGGACUGUUUUACGUAGACCUUUCUAACUGGACGGAACAUAAAGGCUUCUUGCCAUACGGCUGGAGUGGGGUAUUCAGCGGAGCAGCGACAUGUUUCUAUGCUUUCAUCGGGUUCGAUAUCAUUGCCACAACUGGAGAGGAAGCUAAUAACCCGAAGAGAUCUAUCCCAUUGGCUAUUGUUCUCAGCCUUGGAAUUAUCCUUCUAGCCUACGUCAGUAGCUCUAUGAUGUUAACUUUGAUUGUUCCGUACGAUGAAGUGGAUACGGACUCGGCGCUAGUACAGAUGUUUUCGUACGUGCAUGCUCCAACGUGCAAGUACAUAGUCGCCAUUGGAGCCCUAGCCGGACUAACAGUGUCUAUGUUCGGCUCCAUGUUCCCCAUGCCUCGUGUAGUUUACGCCAUGGCACUAGAUGGACUUAUAUUUAAGCAAUUAGCUACAGUUUCGGAAACAUCUGGAACACCGGCGCUAGCUACUAUCUGUGGCGGAUUUGCUGCAGCGAUGGUGGCCUUGCUGAUCCAACUGGAAGUGCUGGUCGAGAUGAUGAGUAUCGGUACACUCCUGGCCUACACAUUGGUGUCGACGUGCGUCCUGGUGUUACGUUACCAACCUCAUUCGACGAACUUAAUUGAACUGCUGCCACAGAGUCUGAGAACCCCUGUGGAACCAGAAGGCACCGCUUCCACUCAACGUGAAACUACAUUUACUAACCGUACUCAGACCCACAUUAUGCCAGCGAGUAGCCAACGCGUUAUGGUGCGACGAGUCACUCGAAGUUCUCCUGACUCUGAUGACACACUGCCUGGGGACGAGAGUGAAGAAUACGGAAGAGAUGACACGUUCCUUAUGAAUACACACACUGAGAAUAAGUUUUACGGUGCAGUGCCCGGCGGUUCAAGCGGGGGUUCGUCGCGCUGUGGUCGCUUCUUCGACGCGCUAUACCGCCAACUCCACGCCAUGUCGUAUUUGUGUCCCGGUCUAUUCCCAUGGGUGGACUGCGGUCCGGCUACUGACCUUUCAGGAAUGUUCGUAAUUAAGUCGGUGGGCGUGAUGUACGUCCUCAUCAUCGUGUUUGACAUAUUCGCUGCAUAUGGAAAUCCUGGCAACUCGACGUUUACAACGGUCGUCAUGAUGUUUCUCCUCAUAGGGAUCAUAGGCAUUCUGCUUCUCAUAUCAAGGAAACCGCAAAACCGAGUGGCACUUAUAUACACUACUCCGGGCCUACCAUUCGUGCCGGCUACUGCAAUCCUGGUCAACAUCUAUUUAAUUUUAAACUUGUCGAUACUCACCCUUGUCCGGUUUACCAUAUGGAUGAUACUUGGUUUGGUGAUGUACUUCAAAUAUGGCAUAAAGAAUUCUACCCUGGAGACUGACCCACCCGUGCCCCCGGCUCCCACCCCACCGACGCCGAGUCCUCUGGAGAGAACGACUAUACCGCCGUGCACGAACCAGAAUCGCCCCACUGGGGACCGUAACAUCUUUGAAGGAGAUGGCAGCGGACUCUAUGGAAAUCUUGAUCAGUAUUCAGACCCACUGCUCACGUGGCACGUAACUGAGCUGGAGCCGGUACAAUCUACCAGUCGCACCAACAACACGGCUUACGUCGAGUCACGUUACAACGCCAAAACCAACAGCACCAGUUCCCAUGCUUCAAGCCGUCCACCAUGGGCCUAUCCGGACUACGAUACAUGGGAUGACUAAGUCAAAUCCUCAAAUUUUAUUAUACCACAGCCUCCAUUCCAAUUUAGUUAAACUUAGGUAAACUCUUCAAAUACAUUUGAUCUGGGUUUAUUUUAUACCUGAAUUCGUCGAAAAUUUUUAUUUUAUAUAACCUUACAAUUUACAAUCAUAAUAUCAUAAUUAAUCGUGAUAAAGUAGAUAAUAAUUGAUGUUAAUUCAAAACGGUCCAUAACCGUACUUAGGAUACAAUGUCAUAAUCAGUAGAUAUGUUUCGGAACAUUUAAAUGUAAUAGAUGUUUGCUACUUCACGUUCAAUAAUACCACUGAUCUUAUAUAUAACUGUCUAUACAUAGUAACUAAAUUACUGACCGGUGGUUAUUAUCGGUACUAUGGCUAGAAAUGACUUAAUAAUCCGUACUUUUGAAACUUUAUCCUACUGGGAUACAUCUUUAAAUUAUAUGUAGUCGAUAUGUUUUUUGGUCUUAACAAGUAUAAUCAUGAAAUUACCACAGAGAACAAUAAAUAUGUGACAGAAUAAAAUUUUUCAUAUUAAUAUUUUUUUAUAGUAGUCCCAUAUGAAAUUUGGUUAACCAUCUUUGUAGUUAAACGAUAAAAGUAGAUAGGUUGAAUAAGGGAAGCGAGUAUAGACUCACGAGACUUGUUUAGGGCGAACUAAUAUAUAUUUUUAAUUAGAUAUGUGUAACUAAUUGUAAAAUGUAUUAGGUUGGUAUAUGCAAUACACAUAGCCAACCGAUCAAUGCACAAAAUUAUUUUCUUAUUUUAUUUUUAUAUUAAAGCUCAAAAUUUUAACCGUACCUAAACAUAUCAGACGAAUUUCUACAAUCUAUAAAAUAGAGGGUUUUCAUUAUUUAUCUCCUACCUAGUUUGAAACGUGAAUGAUUAUUAUAAAUAAGGCAAUAUUUUGUAUGGAAAUAUACUGAAUUGUUUUACGUUGAUACUACACAUUAUUUUUAUAUGAGUUUUAAAGAAAUUGUUACUAUAAUAUAAUAGUUUCAACUAUUUCCAUUUAUUUACCUCAUUGUUGAAUGUUAGAAUAUAAUAGAUACAAAAUUUUAUAUAGACGCUCGAUCCACAGUUUGCUCGCGCUAGAAAUUAUCCUAAGUGUUAAUCAGGGAUAUGAUCUGUAUUAUUACAUUUAAUGCCGCUCUACAUAAUAUUUUGUAUCUACUGCCCUAUUGCUGUUAUUUAGAAUAAAUACUUUUAUCCUAAAAUUGUUGUACGAUAAAUGUUUUGUGUUAAGAAUAUGUUGUAAUAUAGAAUUGUGUUGAGAAUUUCUGUUACUAUAAUAUUACGUUAUAGUGUUAACAUUCGGUAAAUACUCUGUAUAGUUUAUUAUAAACUAACUAACAUGUUAUUGUCGAUACAAUGUAUACCUAUAUACAUACUAAUUAUGAUGAUGAGUAACACCUUCAAUGAAGCAACAAACUAAAAAUUAAUAAAAAUCAAACAACAAUAUCACGACAAAAAGUCUUCCGAUGCUUCUGGUAAUCUAAAGAUAGUAUAGAAAAAUACAACUCGAACAAAACGAUUGAGGUAGAAAGGUAGGAAUCCAUUUAAAUUAAAUUUAGUUUCAAAGAGUAGAUCUUGAAUAAAAACAUAUUUAACAAUUUUUAAACCCUUAAUUCAAAUCCGGUAACCCGUGGCACGUAGGGCAUCUAUGCAGAUUUGAUACUGCGCGUGAAAGAGUGGUAGGAAAGAAUACUAUUGAUGUUGCCAAAUUUUACUGCACUAUCCUUAAUGUAUAACAGUAUUUGAGAUCAGUUUAUAAUAUUAUAGGUAAUAAAAAUUAUAAAAACACUAUGAAUUUGAAUUAUAUACACUUAAUCAACCAAUAAACACUCCUAGUGUGAUUUUGUAAAUGUUUACUCAGUUGAUAAAGAAGCGCACCUAUGUGCGCUUCCAUGAUCAAACAUUUUCUAGGAAGCUUUGAUCUUAUACAGGCAAUUGGUUCAUAAAAGCUCCUAACAAGGUUUUUGUCAUGUAUACCCAGUCUAUACACAAGUGUAUCUAGGAUAGUUUUGGUCAUAUACGCCCAAUAGACACAUAAACGCACUUAGGACAAUUUUCGUCAUAUACACCCAAUCAAUACAUAAGUGCACCUAGAACGGUUUGGUUAUAUACACAAAUUUAUACUCAAAAACACCUAGGAUUAUUUGCCCCAUAUACACCCAGUCGAUACAUAAAUACACCUAGGACAACUUUUGUCAUGUACACCGAGAUGAUACGUAAGAGCACCUAGGACGUUUUUUGUCAUGUCCAUCCAAUCUAUACUUAAAAGCACCUAGGAUGUUUUUUGUCAUAUACACGCAAUCCGUACAUAAACAUACCUAAGACAUUUUUGUCAUGCACACCGAGUCAAUACAUAAGAGCUCCUAGGAUGUUUGUCAUGUAUACCCAGUCGAUACAUAAACUAACCUAGGAUGGUUUUUGUCAUAUACACCCAGUCGAUACAUAAAAGCACCUAGAACUAUUUUUGUCUAAUAUAUCCAAUUUAUAUUUAAAUGCACCUAGAACAGUUUUUGUCAUGGAAUCCCUACAUACAUAAAUGCACCUAGGACAGUUUUUGAAUAGAUACAUAAGAGUUUCUAGAAUUGUUUUUGUCAUUUACACCCAGUCGAUACAUAAAUGCACCUAGAACGUUUUUGUCAUAUACAGUCAAUAUAUAAGCUCUUCAUGAUCACCAUGGUAACGCGAGUACCUUUGAAGAUUUAAUACUACUACUCACAUAAAGCGAUGCCCUCUGCUUUUAAGAGUUGCUGUACCACCUACUUUAUAAACGACAACCAUUGACGUGGCUUUUCAUUCACAUCGUAGCAAUGCCAAUUAUUGCAUUAAAUGUUAUCCGACUGUUACCCACUCUUAAUUUUUCUCGCAUUGCCAAACCUGCAAGAACCCUAUGCAAUGCAAAGUGCCCAUUACAUCACAUUUUGUUUUUCAAUCCUAAAAAUUUUACAUAUAAAGUAGUAUAUAAUUAAUAGCUAUUACUUUCUAAUUGUACGGCUAGAUAAAACGAUGGAUGACCUUUCAAAAAGGGUAAGGAGUCUAGUGCAAGUAAUUCAAAAAUAUUUUUCUUGAUACGUAUAUCGGUCACGUUUCGCAGGUUAUAUAAUAUUUCUGCAGUGCAAACCGAUAAGUACCUAAUGUGAUAUUAUAUCUAUGUUUGAUAUCAACUUUAUUUUCUAUUAAAAUAAAAUUGAAAUGAAUUCCAUAUAGUACUAUACCAUAGACGGUACUUUUUCUAUCUAGUAGGUAUUGUUUUUUUUUUAAUUAGCUACUACAUGAUAACAUAUCCUAACAAGCGAUAUCUAUUUGUAUUUUCUAAUAAUUUUAUUUUUUAUUAAUAUCUGUUCGUAUAGCCAUAUUAUACCAUAUUUUGAAGACAAGGUACAUAAGAAUAGUAAAGAUUAUUUACCUUUUUGUUAUACUUCAUAGACUUUUAUCUCGAUUAAUAAAUACUCAGACAUUUUCAUUUGUGUAUUAAUAGAAAUGUAUGUGAACUUUUAUAUAUCUUUAAUGUAAAAAUAAUUUAAUAUUCAACAUAAUACAAUAUAAUAUGUUAUAUACAUUUGUGACACCACAAACAUGAUUAGUUUAGAUUAUAUACGUUCAUGUCUAAUAUUGUACUAUAUAUAUACUUAGGUAUACCUAAAUUCUAUGCUGACUAUACAUUAUUUACAAUUGCCAAUGAAUAACUUAUCCAAUCUCACCCAAUUCUCCUGUAUGAUAUUCUCACAAAUGUGAUAUUUUAAGUAAUAACUAUUUUAAAACUAAUAUUAAAGCUUUUGGAUAAAGCUAUGCUGUUUUAAAAAUUUCAAUAAUGGGUCACUCGUUAUAGGAAUAUUAUUAUGUAUCAAAAUUUUUCAUCUAUAAAAUAUGUACAUACAGGAUUAAAUUGAAAGCAAUAGCAUUCUUUAAGCUACUGUUCUACCAGUAAACUAAUAAAUUUUCCCAAAACAAAAAUGGAUCCGAAAAUCUGACAAAGAAUUAUCUUCCCGUAUUUACAUGAUGCGUCCAACUGUCAAGUUAGUAGUUAGAGGAGACUCAAAACUGUUGUCCACCCUUUACACACCAAAAAGGUUCCUUUUGGUAAAAUGUUUGGUUCUAUUGGUGAAAGAAUGUUAAUGAAUUCGAUUACAUCCUGUAUAAUAAAACACGCUAAGGCUAAAGUUGGUAUUGCUAGAUAUCGUAAGUCUUAGACAUUCUUUGUAAGUACCAAACUUCAAGGCCCUAUUUCCACUCCUUAAUAUUAACAGUACCUAUUUACUAAAAGUUUAUUAACAUAAUAACAAAUACGUUAAUUUGAAUGUAAAAAUAAAAGCUAGGCCUAAAUGAGCUAAAAUAAUGUAUAUAUAAAUUAUACCUAUAACCAUUGUGAAUUUAUCCAUUUUACAGUAAAAACUAGUUCACAUUUUACAAUCACCAUUUUCUUUGAUCUAUUGAAAUGUAACUAACCACGUGGCGAAUGUAAUUGUUUAAAUAAUUCAAAUAGACAUUAUAAUUCGAAUUAAUUAUCAGUAACCAAACAAUUGUUCAUGCAUAUGAACAUUAAUUAUAAAAGUACUGAAUGAAAAUCAUCAAAGAAAUAUUUAAGUAAAUCAUUUAAAUAUUGAAUGAAAUAUAUUUGAAAUACAUUUGAAUACUAAUAAAUCGGAAUAUCCUAUUGAUGCACUAAUCAAUACUAAUUCGAGUAGUCUGUAUGUAGUUUUUUGAAACAAUCACUCAUUUUUAAUUAAGAACUUCUCUCAUAAGUAUCAACUACAUACAUAUCUAUGAGCCUUUUUCGUUGAUUAAAUUUAAAUGACACCGCAGUAAUUAACUUUUCUAAACAUAUUAAAACUAGUUUUAAUUAUAUGUAAUUUAAAAUUUAGAGUCAACGCACUCAAUGAACAGUUUGUCUGUUGGUAAUAUUUCUCUUUAUGUAACCUAAGUAAAUAAAUACUGGUAAAUUUAAAUUUUAGAGGUUUUAUUAUGACCGUUCUAAAGUUUAAAGCGAAGAUUACUUAAAAUAUGUUAACUAAAUAUGGUACUAAACGCAGGUUUAAUACUAAUAUUUUUUUCUAUCAGCCAAUCUUUACGAUUAUUCCAUAUCGGACUUAUAACGCGAAAAAACAAAACAAAAAUUUGUCCUCGGACGAAGGAGUUAUGUCCUUCGUCCCCGACUGCCAUUAAAGUUCAUCUCCGAUACAAAAUGCAGUGGGGGUAUUAAAUUUAUAAUAAUGGAUAGGCCUUAUUCGUAAAAUAUUGUUGUUGUUUAAUAAAUAAAUAGUCAUUGUUGGCUGUUCUGAGAGACGCAUGCAUGACUAAAGUAGCGAGGUGUGUAUUUUAUAGUAAAGUUGUUAAUAAGUUCGGUGACAUCAAAAUUGAUUGAUAACGUAUGCUUAAUUAUGUAUAAUUACUAAUAUAUCAAAUGUUAAAUGUCUUCGUGUGUUAAUAAGAUCGCAUUUUCAAUACGAGGUGCCACAAAUAAGUCUAUUAUUUUGGAGGGCACGAGGUAAAAAUAUUCAAUCUCAUCGACACACCAGGAUGUCAUCAUUAUCACUCAAUAAAUGUAUUCUACUUACUAACAUAACUAUAAAUAAUAUAAGCAUCUAUAUCGAGUGUAGGAUAUAAAUCUUACAUGUCACCAAACAAAUGAUAAUGCACCUUAACGUAAUCCUAUUAAGAAUAGUUUUUAUAAAUGACUUCGUAAUCAUAAGACCAUGCUCUUAGUAGAUACUUUGACAGAGAGCAGCGCGAUGGUGCCUCCUAUUGUAAAUGCUCUAGGCACUAAUGAUAUUAGUGCCGUUUAAAUAUUAUGUGAUCACCACAUUGGCAUUUGAAUCGAUGAUUAAAAAAUCUCACUAGGUAACUUUUCAUUGAAAUUUGAACUUUAAGUAAAUGUAUAAGGAACGAAAUAAAUCUGAGUAUUUAAAUGCACAAACAUAUAUUCGCAGUUUUCAAAUUUCAUUGAACUAAACAACAAUAAAUCUUAAUAUUACUACGAACAUUUUGAGUAGUUGCGAAGGAUGUGUCCCAAAUCGCUAUUAUACAAUCUAAAGAUUUUUAAAACACCAUUUAAAAGUGUAUAUUAUAUACUUUUAACACUUUCAUUUGAUUUCAUUGGGUUCAUCCAAUAAAAAAAAAAUUCGACGAAAUUUUCAUGUCAUAGAAAGAUUUAUUGAUAUUAAUAGUAAUAUUUAUAAAUCAUUACCAGUGUAUGUUCAGAUUUACCUUCGACUUAUCAUAUUUUACAAUGACAACAUACAUAAACAUCAAUUAGCAUACAGUCUAAUUUUAAAAUAACGUAACAUUAAAUAACCAUAUCCUUUUAUUGUAAUGUUACAGUGUUGACAUAUUAAUAAACGUAAAAUUCGUUUCUGAGGCAUUAUAUGCACAUAUAUCAUAAUUGAAGUUAUUUAUCAAAUUUAUAACAAUAAUAACAGACAUAUUCGUUGAAUUUAUAAUUAAAAAGGCCC